AUGAGCGCCGACGAGAAACACACCAUACAAGAGCAACCGGUUGAUUCUGACCAAGAGAAACUCCUCUUACUCGAUGGAAACAAUGAAUCACCAACGGGUACCAGGUCUCCAUCUCCCGAACCUGAGGAAGACUCGAGAUUUGUUCAACCCACACCAUCGCCUUUCAAGCGUCUUGCAUUAGUGUUGUUCAUGGCUUUCCUCUUCUGGGUCGGUUUUCAACUGCGGGCAGGGCUCUUAGAAGCGAAGAAGAAGCCCAAGGUUAUCUACGCGUCGAGAUAUUCCAAAGAAUUCAAAUACCGGCCUGCUGCUAGUCCUAUUAUCACCGAAACUCUCAAAGACGGUCGCAUACGGCUGAGGGGUGCUCAGGCCACGCCGACUGCGGAACCAACUCCGGUCGUGAAGCCCAAGAAGAAGACGGGUGCUAAGAAGAAAGGAGGGAAGGGAAAGUCAAAGGUUAAGGCGAGGUCGGGCAAGAAGGCAUAA